CUCCGACUAAAGUUGACUGCUGACCUGUAACGCUAUAACUAACAUACGAGUGCUGAAGCGAGAGGGAUAACCGCCGCCCAUCAACACACCCUAGAAGUUACACAUUUUUGGGACAAAAUAAUCUGUAGCGAGACUGAGUUUACAUAGGCGCAUCAAAAACAAUAACUGGAUACCUUCGUUAAAGAAAAGUCGUAUUUUGUUCUCUACUCAGCAGACAUGAAAUCUUGUUUAUGGAUUGUUUUCUUUGUAACGCUUUUGGCCGGAACUAAAACACAAGACUUUGAACUUUCAGAUGCCUUUGAUGAUGAUCCCACACCAGCUCCAAAAGACCCAGUGAAACCCAAGGACCCCAGCCUAGCGCCAGAGCCUAAGAAACCGGCAGUGGUCCCUCCUAAAGAAGGUGGAGCUGAUGAUUUUGACCUGAUGGAUGCGUUUGGUCCAGACCCUGUACCAGGAAAACCAGCCAUUGUUCCACCUAAAGACGGAGGCACCGGUGGUGGAUCCUUCGGCGAUAAAGACCUGUUUGAUCUGAGUGAAGGGGGUGACGGAGGCUACAAGCCAGAUCCUGGCCAAGGAGGUAGGAAAGCAGGAGGAGGUGCUGAUAAUGCAGAUAAUGCAGAUCAAAGCCAAGAAGCUGGACCUGGUCAGAUUGCAGGCAUAGCGAGUGCGAUAGGAGUGGCCAUCCUCGGCGCCGCCUCCAGCUACUUUGCUUACCAGAAGAAGAAACUGUGUUUCAAGAUUCAAGGAGGUGUGGACCCAGAAAGUGGAAAGGACGCACAAGGAGUUCAGUCCGAUCCCCAAGAUUAGGCAAAUCUAACACUGUGAAAAAACAUGUGAUGAGCAACUUGCUCAGGUCAUCUUGACUUGGGUCAGAUCAUCAUAGAGGAACUGCACCUUAUGCAAAGAACUGUUCUUCCAUCAGCCGGCUUCAGUUGUCUAUUGUGGACACCAGUGGGCAGAAAGAUAUUUAUUUUCUUUCUUUCAGUUGGAAUUUUGCUUUUUGAGAAUGUAUUUUUUUUUUCUUGUUGCCUUCUCCAGCUGUAUAAAAGACGCUUAUUUAGAUUUACAACUCGAAUACAAGGUUUUUCUGCAGUGAAGACACAUUUUAUCAUUUUUCUUUUCUAUUGCUCAGUACCAAACUAUUCAACAAUGAUUGUAUUACAUUACUUUAGCAGCUUAUUUCAAUGAUUGCAUUUUACUGUGUUUACAUUGAACAUAGCUUUCAUUGUAUUUGUUUUAUAAUCAUAGUCAUUUGUUUUUCAAUUGUAACUGACACUAUUGCACACGAAGGAUCAUUUUAUAACAUGGCACAUUCGUGUAAUUUAUACAUGGAGUAGAUGUGUACAGCUUGGAAGUAUAAUGGUAAAAGUGCCUUAGGGAAAUCUAUUAUAUAAAAAAUUAUAUGCACGGGCUGGGGAGGGUGUGUGGUUAAGAACAUUUGAGAUAAAAAUUCUCACAUCAUUUUUAUUUUGCUGCAUUACUGUGUUUUGUUGUUCGUUGGAGUCCAGUGUUUGGAGUGCAAACCACUCAUAAUGUCUUGUGUAUACCGCAUACAGUUUCAAUGGAGAAGUGGUUAUAUUGUAAUUUUUAAGUUCUACAUUUUUAGAGUUUUGUUUGUAUGACCGCUGAAUUUCUAAUGAAAUGUAGAUUGAAACCUUUGAAAUUUAAAGGAGUUUUUACUCAACUAGUGAACCAGUAUCUUGGCUACUUGUGCUGUAUAUAGGCCUACUAAUGAAGAAUCUGUAUAAAAUCACUGCCACAUUUUUGCUGCUUGAUAUAACCUUUACAUCAUUUUACUCAAAGUAAUUGGAACUUUUAAAGAAAUUUUAAGAACUACUGCUCAUAUUCUUUGUAUGUAAAUGAAUUAGAUCCUUAAACUGAUUAGUUAGUAGUUUUGUGUGUUUUAAAAGAGUUUCUUGUGUGACCAGUUUAGACAGAGAACAAGGGCAGGAGAUAGGCUAACGUAGCCUAGCUUAUUGCUAUCAAAUAAAGUAAAAUUUUUACAUUGUUA